CCUGGAGCAUUUCAAAUAUCCUCAGAUGAGAAUUUUAAAAAAGAGUAAGGUACAUAUACAUAUACACAGAAGUUCUGAAAGGGCACAUACCAAAGGGUCAAUAGUAGUUACCUCUGAGGAGGUAAAUUAAAGGAAGAGACUGUCACUUUUUACUUUGUACAUAUCUGGGUUGUUGUGGUGGUGGUUAUGGUAGACAUUUUGUUGUUUGCAUUUUUUUCAACAAACAUGCUUCUUUUGUAAUUAUUAACAGACAUUAAUUAUUCCUUAAUGGUUUUUGAGCCCUUUUUUUAGGCUUUAGAAACUUUCUUUGUAAACAUUGAACAACCAGAGUUUUUUGUUGUUUUUGCUUGACAGAAUGUUUUUGAUCCAAAGGAGAUAUCACUCUGAUUUCUCAAAAAGAAACUUCUGAGUCAUAGGUUAUAGUGAACUAGAAGAAAGACUGAAAAAACUGGCUUAGAGCAUGGGGUGGUUGCAUGACUGAAAACUAUGAGCAGAGAAUACGUGAGCAACAGGAACAGCUGUCACUUCAGCAAACUAUUAUUGACAAGUUAAAAUCACAGUUACUUCUUGUGAAUUCCAGUCGAGAUAACAGUCUUGGCUGUAUCCCCUUGCUUGAAGACAGUGAAGCAAGGAAGAAUCAUUUGACUCUUGAUGAGCCACAUGAUAAAGUCAAGUCAGGAAUACCAGGAGAGAAAGAAUCAAAGGAAAGAAGACAAGAGGUUUCUUCUCCUAAAAAAGAAACUUCACCAGGGAGUCUUGGCAUUCCUUUAUCCCAUGAAAGGAGUUAUAUAGAGAAGACUUUCUGGGAUCUGAAAGCAGAAUUUCAUAGAAUAUGCAUGCUAGCAAAAGCUCAAAAAGACCACUUAAGCAAACUUAAUGUCCCAGCCACUGGAACUGAAACACAGUGCUCGGUGCCUAUACAGUGUACGGAUAAAGCAGAUAAACAAGAAGUGCUGUUUAAGCCUCAGGCUAAAGAUGAUAUAAAUAGAAGUGCACCCUGCAUCACAUCUGUCACACCAAGAGGACUGGGCCGAGAUGAGGAGGACACCUCUUUUGAAUCACUUUCUAAAUUCAAUGUCAAGUUUCCACCUGUGGACAGUGACUCUGCUUUCUUACACAGCACUCCAGAAAGACCCAACAUCCUCCGUCCUGCCGCAUCUGAGGUUGUGUGCCAGGAUGAAUUCAAUAUGGAAAUCAGAGACGACCCGGGAAACUUUGCUAAAACAGAAGAAACUUUUUUUGGAAUUCAGGGAAUUGACCCUAUAACUUCAGAUAUACAAAACCUUAAAACAACUGACAAUACAAAAUCCUCAAAUCUUGUAAACACUUGUAUCAGGACGACUCUGGAUAGAGCUCCGUGUUUGCCACCUGGAGACCAUAAUGCAUUGUAUGUAAAUACAUUCCCACUUCAGAAACUCUCUGAUGCACCUUGUCCUUCACUUGAUUCCCCGGGAAAAGCUAUCCGAGGACCACAGCAGCCCAUUUGGAAGCCCUCUCCUAAUCAAGGCAGUGAUUUAUCAUCGGUACUAAGUCGCAAAGGCUCAGAACUGAAUAUAUCUCAAGUAUGUGAAUUCUGUCAAACAGUUUUCCCACCAUCAGGUACUUCCAGGGGAGAUUUCCUCCGGCAUCUUAAUUCACACUUUAAUGAGAAGACUUAAGACGGAUUUGAAAACAGACAUAUCAAGUUCUAUGUGAUGAUUUGGGCUUUCUAAUACUAUAAAUACUUGAUUGCAAACUUAGUUCAAGAUCAUCUAUUGAAAAAUCACAGCUAUUUGAAUUUUUCUAAACUUAUAUUGUUACUUUCCUUUAUUAUCUUUUAAAAGAUUAAACUGCAGUUGAUUGUAUUCAUGUUUACAGUGUGUAUGACCAUAAUUUAUGUUUGCUUCAACUGUCUAAGCUUAUUGCUUGGAAUUCUAGUUAGAGCUGUUGAAUUUGGUGAUUUCAAAUAUUUGUAGGGUUUUUUCAUUUGUUUUCAUUAAAACUUUUAAAUUAUU